AUGGCGUACAAAGACGACUGUCACUACGAUAAACCACCGUCGCUGGCCUACGUGCGAUCUUUAGAGGAAGAGAUCCAGGAGCUGAAGUCGCAACUGCGCCAGGCCAAGACCCAAGUUUGGCUCUCAAAGGCCGUCUCGCACGAUGAAAAGAAACCACCGUCAGCAUCACCAGCUAGCGAAACGGCAGCUUCGCAGAGUUCGAGCCAAGCUCUUGCAUAUCGGAAUCGCCAUUUGAAAUGGGAAGCCGACAUCAGUGUGGACGACAGCGGAGGUGUAACAUUCCACAAUUCAACUUCGCCCAUUCAUGAAUUUCCUUCAAGUCAACGACAUCAGCCGCCCAUAACUGCGCAUCUUGACUAUUUCGUCAACGCCCAGGAGGAUCAGCGUGUCAAGCGCGACCUCGUCUUGAACGCCACCCACCAAAGGCAGAUUGAGCCUUUCGCAAUAGCAAACGGCGCUGCAAAGGCAAAUGUUCCAAAAGAGAUCUCCCAUGAAUUACUAAAGUACCAUUGGUGUUGGCUGCACCCUCUGUUCUUGUUUGUGUACAGGCCUGCAUUCACUAGAGGCAUGGCCAUGGUCGAUUUGAAUACCCCUGGAGCGCAGGACCCGCCCUACUUUUCCGAGACUUUACUGAAGGUGAUGCAUGCGCACAGCUCAAGAUUUCUGAACCACGACGUAUACCAGGAUCAAUAUCAAAGUGUUUUGAGCCAACACAGCCCUAUGGGGAGCUCGAUGAACCCGGGCGAGUUUAUGCAAAAGAUGACGGGUGAGGCACGAUUUGGGCUCGGCAUGGACAUCUUGCGGAACAGUUCGAUUCCCACAAUCCAAGCCCUUCUGCAACAGUCUGCCCGCGAGGUUGUCUUUGGACGAUCCUCACAAGCAUGGACGUUCUCGGGAAUCGCGUUCCGUAUGGCAUUAGACUUGGGAAUCCACCUGCCCAGCGACAAGCUGCAGGCUUUCGUGAAAAGCCUCACGCCGGAAGACAUCGAGAUCCGCAAACGCCUGUUCUGGAGCUGCUAUACUUGGGACAAAAUGCUUUCUCUCUAUCUGGGGCGAAUGCCUGGGUUCACUCCCGCCACCGAAGAAGUUCCGCUGACGUUCAUGGACGACUACAGCGACAGCGACCUUUGGGCGCCUUAUUACGGGGAGACACCAACCCCAGAACUUGCAAACACGCCCAAUUAUCCCCCCUGUCCCGGAUACGUGGUUUCAUGUUUCCGCCAGUUGUGCAAGCUUUGUGUGAUCCUGAACGAUCUGAUGCAGAGCAUAUAUUCUUCUGAAGCAGCCACCAGAAGGGAAAUGGAAGAGGACGAGCACUCGGCGGAAGCCAAGGCAGCAAGCGAAGCUCCUUUUGUGCAGAUUGCACGCGACCUGCGCGACUGGCUCAUCUCCUUACCGCCGCACCUAAGAAUCAAUGCGGACCAAAUGCCAUCUCUGGCCCCACCAGUUCACAUCAUGUCUCUCAACCUGCUCUACCACACGACCGUUAUCCUGCUGCACCGGCCGGUGGUUCUGGGAGCACGCGACAUGACCGCUCCCGGACCAGCACGAUCGUGGCAGACGUGUAUCCAGGCAACAAGCGCCAUCCAUGAUCUCGUCGUGUUACAGGCCAAUACAUUCGGGCUCACCCACAUUUCCUACCUGAACGCUUACAGCGUCUACAUCGCGUCCACAAUCGCCGUCUUGCGGUUCGAAAGGGAUUAUCAACCGGGCGAAGACCCGGCAAUGGCGGCCCAAAAGAACGGACUAACUUUCCUCUUGGAGGUGCUCCAGAAAACAGCCAACAUCAUGCCAGCGUUAGAGCGCAGCAACGCCAUCAUCCGUAAGAGAAUGAAAGCCGUCCUGGACUGCCAGAAAGCCCAGCGAGGCGGGCUCCGACGGAGCUACUCGCCCACGCCACCGAACGUCAAAUUCAGCAUCCCCACGCCAACCAGCCAGCAAAUGGACCUUGCUCAGCCGACCGCGAUCCAGGCUCUGUCGAACUCAUCCCUAGCCCACGCAUACACCCAGCCCGAUACACCAGGCUCGUUCGUCGCGCCCAUGCAGUGGCGGUCAGGCAUGCGCAGCAGCCUAUACUCGGAACCGACGGCUCACGGCUCGACGGAAGACUUUCUCCCAGCGUUUCCUGGCCAGCGGAUCCCCGUCGGCGGAUCGGAGCACAGUUUCGGGAGCGCAGAAGUCGAUCCGCACGUGAGGACAGCCUUGCUGGGAUACAACCUCGACCCGCACCCAAGACUGAACUCAGGAGACAUUGAUUGGAACUUCUUGGAGAACGCAUUCGGGAACGAGGGCCAGACCGUGCACAUGUGA